AGCAAGACCCAGAUCGCCCUCGACUAUGCAUAUCGCCGGAGCCGUGACGAUCCUGCUUGCGCCAUCUUCUGGGUGCAUGCCGAUAGCGAAAGCAGUUUCGCGCGAGACUAUCAAACAAUUGCGAAGAAACUCGGCCUAGACCAUACAAUCAACGGCGAUGACCUGUUUCUAACAGUGCGCCACUGUAUUGAGUCGCAGACACGGUGGCUCUUGAUUCUUGACAAUGCGGAUGAUUUGACACGCUUCGGUGUUGAUACCACGUCUGAUCACUCCAAGAGUUUGCGCAGUUACAUACCACAUGGACCUGGAGGAACCGUCCUAUGGACUAGCCGCGACGAACAUAUCCAUGCCCUAGCUGGUUCGCGGCAGAGUGUUCAGGUUCCUCACAUGGUUGUCGGGGAAGCCAAAGACCUACUUGCUGUGGCCCGAAACGAGAGUAUCCGAGACGAUGAGAUUCAGGAUGCUGAAGAUCUGCUACAGGAGCUUCAGUGGCUACCUUUAGCCAUCUCGCAAGCAGGUUCAUACAUGCGGAGGACUUCGACGCCCAUUAAGAUAUAUCUAUCGAGACUGUCAGACGGGAAAAGCAGAUGGGACACCCUGAAAAAGACUCAGCAUGACAAGUAUAGAAGGCUGGAUAUCCCAAACAGCAUCUUGGAAACUUGGGACAUAUCGAUCCAGCAUAUUAGACAGGAGAGUGAGACGGCUUAUAAAGUUUUGCACACCAUCGCAUAUAUCGACAACGAGAAUAUUCCACAGCGAUUUAUUUGCGAUGCAUCAACCAGAUUCGAUCAACCAGGGCAAGAACAGUCAUCUGAGAGCAAUGAAGAAGUACUGGAAUCAGUAAUCACCCGGUUAAAGGAAUUCUCAUUCAUUAGCGCUCGCAGAAACGAAAAUGGGGAUGAUCCAAGUUUCGAUAUGCACAAGCUCGUGCAAGAAGCCAUUCGAUACAGGCUUCAUACAAAGGAUACCACCUUGGAGACACAAUUCUCAAGCACUGCACUGAGAGUCAUUUCAGGGCUAUUUCCACAAGAAUUUAAGAGCAAAACGCGAUUCUUACGCGAACAGUAUGCAACCCAUGCUACACGAGUCUGCGAUUGGGUAGAUAUGAUAGAGGACGUAACCGCAACGACUGAUUUUCUUGUGCGGAUGUCAGAUUACUUCCAGUAUGUUGGAGUUAUAAAAAAGGCAGAAUGUGUGGCGGAGAAAGCACUAGACUUGAGGAAGAAGGCUUUCGGUGAAGAAGAUGGCAGAAUAUGUGUGCCGUUGUUCAAGCUUGGCGGAAUAUACCUUUGCCAAGAUCGAUAUGAAGAUGCAGAAAGGCUUGCACUAGAAUUGGUAAAAGUAUCGGGAAAAGCCUUCAGUGAGCACAGCCCGAAUACCAUUCGUUAUACAAGCCUCCUCGCAUCAGCAUAUCAUCGGCAAGGCCGAUAUGAGGAAGCCGAAGAGAUGUUUGUGAAGAUAAUUUCACAUCUGCUGGAAGUUGAAGGGGAGAAAUAUAUUCAUACGAUCACUGCUAUGGAGAUUCUGGCAAGCAUAUACGAGCAGUCAGAGCGGUAUCCUGAGGCUAUAGAGCUAAGGAUUAAAGCUCUAGCGCUGCAUUCUGAAGCUUUUGGAAGACAGCACCCUACCACAGUGUAUGCUAUGGGGAACCUUGCGGACGCGUACGUAUUGACAGGCCAGACCAAGGAGGCUGAGGAACUC